GAGGACACCGCGAUCCCGGAGCCGCCGAGCAUCUCUCCGCAGCGCGAUCGCCCAAUUCCUGGGAGGGGAGACGCUGCCACCUCCCCUUCCUCCUCCUCCUCCUCCUCCCCUCCUCAAGCCCCAAAUAAAAGGGGCGGGGGGCGGCAGGAUGCGCCGCUCGGCGGGGAGCUCGGCCGCCUGAUGCUGCCGCAGUUCGCCAUUGCCGAGCACGGCUCGGAGCCGAGCGGAGGGGCAAAAGAGCAUCAGCCCCCCCUGCCCGGCCAGCCGCCGUCCCCCCCGAUGCCCGAGCGGCGCCGGCGGGGGGGCCCGGGGGCCCGCUCCUGCCUCCUCUGGCUCUUUGUGCUGCUGAAGAAUGCAGAACCUUUCCAAGUUACUGUCCGAGAAGACAAUUCUAUCAUUGUCUCCCUGGAAGCGUCUGAUGUGGUGAGCUCAUCCUCUGUAUAUGUUGUGAAGAUAGCUGGAGAAUCCAAGAACUACUUUUUCCAGUUCGAAGAAUUCAAUAGCACUUUACCUACCCCUGUGGUUUUUAAUGCCAGAUACCAUGGCCUAUAUUACAUAGUAACUCUGUUGGUAGUGAACUCAAAUAUGGUUUCCAAGUCAGCAAGAUCAAUCACUGUGUUAACCAAACCCCUUCCUGUGAGCAGUGUUUCUAUCUAUGAUUACAAACCAUCUCCAGAAACAGGAGUGUUGUUUGAAAUUCAAUACCCAGAGAAGUACAAUGUUUUUACCAGGGUAAAUAUAAGCUAUUGGGAAGGAAAAGACUACAGAACAAUGCUGUACAAAGAUUUCUUUAAAGGUAAAACAGUUUUCAACCACUGGCUACCAGGUAUAUGCUACAGCAACAUCACAUUUCAAUUGGUGUCAGAAGCAACCUUCAAUAAAAGCACACUAGUGGAGUACAGUGGGAUCCAGCAUGAGCCCAAACAGCACAGAACAGUUCCUUACCCACCUCGAAACAUUUCCGUUCAGAUCAUACCGAUCAACAGAAACAACUGGGAAGAGCACAGUGGCAAUUUUGCAGAAGAGUCAUUCAUGGGACCACAAGAAAUUAUAAGGAAAGAAAAACUUAGCCAUUUUUCCAACAAUGCACCUGAAAUUCCAGCAGCAAACACAUCCACAGACUGGCCAGACUACCGCUAUAACAGGACUGAGUAUGAAACCACAUCACAGCCCUACUGGUGGUCUAAUGAAGCUGAGUCUUCAGAGGGUGAAGAGGAAUUUGUCAAUGCAGUUCCCAGUGAUUAUGAGGCCAAUGAUGUCAACACAUCUGGAAAACUCACACCAGAGCCUCCUUCGUUCCUUCCUGUACAAAUGGUGCUGACCUGGUUACCACCAAAGCCACCUACUGCGUUUGAUGGUUUCAAUAUCAAUAUUGAAAGAGAAGAGAACUCCACGGAAUUUUUGACAGUAAGUGAGGACACUCACAAAUUUGUUGCUGAACUGAAAGAACCAGGAAAAUAUAAGCUAUCUGUAACAACGUUUAGCUCCUCUGGCUCUUGUGAAGUUCGGGGAAGUCAAUCAGCAAAAACACUUAACUUUUACAUCAGCCCCACAGGUGAAUGGAUAGAAGAGCUCACUGAAAAACCCCAGCACGUGACUGUGACGGUGCUAAGCUCCACUACUGCCCUGACAUCCUGGACAGCAUCACAAGACAGUGGUGGCAACAGCACUAUUGUGUCUGUGGUCUCCCUCACCUGUCAGAAGCAAAAGGAAAGCCAAAGGCUUGAAAAACACUACUGUACUCAGGUGAAUUCAAGCAGCAGCCUCAUUGAAAACCUUGUUCCUGGUGCCCAGUACCAAGUUGUGGUUUACUUACGGAAAGGACCAUUGGUUGGACCACCUUCUGAUCCUGUUACAUUUUCCAUUGUGCCUACUGGAAUAAAGGAUCUGACGCUUUACCCUUUGGGACCUACUGCUGUGGUUCUGAGCUGGAACAGACCUUUCCUUGGGGUGUUCAGGAAAUACGUUGUAGAAAUGUUUUACUUCAACCCAUCAACGAUGACCUCUGAGUGGACAACGUACUAUGAAAUAGCAGCGACCGUCUCCUUAACUGCCUCUGUGAAAAUAGCUAACCUGCUGCCUGCUUGGUAUUACAAUUUCCGAGUCACCAUGGUGACUUGGGGUGACCCAGAGCUGAGCUGCUGUGACAGCUCCACCAUCAGCUUCAUAACAGCACCAGUGGCACCCGAGAUUACCUCCAUAGAAUAUUACAACCACCUUCUGUAUGUCACCUGGACCUAUGGGGGAGAUGGUACUGACCUUUCUCAUUCCAGGAUGCUUCAUUGGAUGGUCAUUGCAGAAGGAAAGAAAAAAAUCAAGAAGAGUGUAACACGCAAUGUGAUGACUGCAGUGUUGAGCUUGCCUCCAGGGGAUAUUUACAACCUUUCAGUGACUGCUUGUACUGAACGAGGCAGCAAUACUUCUCUGCCUCAGCUUGUGAAACUGGAACCAGCACCUCCAAAAUCACUGUUUGCUGUCAACAAGACUCAAACCUCUGUGACUCUGCUGUGGGUGGAAGAAGGAGUGGCUGAUUUCUUUGAAGUUUACUGCCAGCAGGCUGGAUCUGGUCAGGAAACAAAAGUCCAGGAACCUGUCACUGUCUCUUCACAUGUAGUGACCAUUUCCAGCCUAACUCCUGCCACUUCCUACAACUGCAGUGUGACCACCUUCAGCCACAAUAGUCCCAGCGUGCCCACUUUCAUUGCGGUUUCCACUAUGGUCACUGAGAUGAAUCCCAACGUAGUGGUAAUCUCUGUGUUAGCCAUCCUAAGUAUACUUCUGAUUGGACUGCUGCUGGUGACCCUUGUUGUACUAAGGAGAAAACAUCUACAAAUGGCCAGGGAGUGCGGGGCUGGCACCUUUGUCAAUUUUGCAUCUUUAGAGAGAGAUGGAAAGCUUCCCUAUAACUGGCGUAGAAGUGUAUUUGCUUUCCUAACUCUGCUACCCUCAUGCCUUUGGACUGAUUAUCUUUUGGCAUUUUAUAUUAAUCCUUGGAGUAAAAAUGGAUUAAAGAAGAGAAAGCUGACCAACCCUGUCCAGUUGGAUGAUUUUGAUGGCUACAUCAAGGAUAUGGCUAAAGAUUCAGAUUAUAAAUUUUCUCUGCAAUUUGAGGAGCUGAAACUGAUUGGGCUUGACAUACCCCACUUUGCUGCUGAUCUUCCCAUGAAUCGCUGUAAAAAUCGCUACACAAACAUUCUGCCCUACGAUUUUAGUCGUGUUCGGUUAGUUUCAAUGAAUGAAGAAGAGGGAUCUGACUACAUUAAUGCCAACUACAUUCCUGGUUAUAAUUCACUGCAGGAAUACAUUGCAACACAAGGACCACUGCCAGAAACUAGGAAUGAUUUUUGGAAGAUGGUUCUCCAGCAAAAAUCUCAAAUUAUUGUUAUGCUCACUCAAUGUAAUGAGAAAAGAAGGGUGAAAUGUGAUCAUUACUGGCCUUUUACAGAAGAUCCUGUUGCAUAUGGGGACAUCACAGUGGAGAUGCUGUCUGAAGAGGAGCACACAGACUGGGUUUAUAGGAAUUUUCGAAUUAGCUAUGCUGAUGAGGUGCAAGAUGUGAUGCAUUUUAACUACACUGCCUGGCCGGAUCACGGUGUCCCCACAACCAAUGCUGCUGAAAGCAUCCUCCAGUUUGUACAGAUGGUCAGGCAGAAAUCAGCAAAGAGUAAAGGCCCCAUGAUCAUACACUGCAGUGCUGGAGUAGGACGAACAGGAACCUUCAUAGCCCUGGAUCGGCUCUUACAGCACAUCCGUGAUCAUGAGUUCGUAGAUAUAUUGGGCCUGGUGUCUGAUAUGCGGUCCUACAGAAUGUCCAUGGUGCAGACAGAGGAACAAUACAUUUUUAUUCACCAGUGUGUGCAACUGAUGUGGCAAAAGAAGAAGCAGCAAUUCUGCAUCAGCGAUGUCAUAUAUGAGAACGUCAGCAAGUCCUAGUUCAGAGUCACAGGUGGUGAGACCACGAAGCACACCCAUCUUCCCUUGCUUCUGAUUUUUUUUUUCUUUUGAUGAUUUGAACAGCCAAUUGUUCUGCCAUGAGAGACCGCUGCUCUGCAGUACAUGGAUAAGGAAAGAAAGAAACUUUUAACUUUCCGAAGCACUGGGGAGACAAAGCCUUAACGAGCCUGUGGUGUCUUUUGAACUGUUUAAUUCUGGACAUUUUUUUAAAAUACUGGACCAAAUUUAACUAAACAACAUGAAGGAAAAGACACUAUAAUAUGUGCGUAAAAUAGAUUGCUCCAGAGUGUUGAGUUUUUGUUUGGUACUGUGGGUUAUUAUUACUAUUAUUACUAUUAUUAUUAUUAUUAUGUGCAGGUUGGGCUUAAGGUUGAAGUAAGUGCAAUAUUUUUUUAAUGGUUGACUGAAGAGCUUUCUUCAUGUGUCACUGAUCUGUGCUAAUGUCCAUAGCAGAGCAGGCAUUGUUAGUAUCUAAUAAUACCUCAUUAGUGAAUAGUGAGGCAUGAAUAUACAUGAAGAAAUCUGGAGAUUGUGAAGAGAAAAGGGGAGAGAGGGCGAAGGCAUUGCUGCGUAAAUGGAUUUGACUGUUUCCUACAGCACUGAUGUACCUGGGGUCUGGGACAGGGAGCACAAGACCUGCGGAACGGACUGACAAGCAGAAAUCCAAAUCAUGAAGCCGAAGCAGGCAGCCAACACUAGACAUGAGGCAGUUUCGGUUCUUGACUGUGUUACUACUAAUUAAGCACAGGGAUUGCUCUUUUUUUCCAGCCUUUUCAGUAAUGCCACUGAUCAGGCUUUUGUUUUAGAUUAAUCCAAUCAAAGUGCAGCUGAGUUUCAAGCUGGGAUAUCUUACACUCCAUUAUAUAGCAUUUAACUGUCCGAGCAGUCUGUGGUGCCUAUACCCCUCAUUUCUUUAUUAUUUUUAUUAAGUAUUAACACUUUGUAAAAAUGUGAAGCUGAUUC